GUGAGAGAGAUCAAAUAUACGAAAGUCUAAAGCAGUUAUUGUAUUAAGUCUUCUCAGGCUGCCGCGAAGUCGCCUUCGCUAAUCGCUAAUCGCUAAUCGCUAAUCGCUACGCUCUAAAAUAACAAACCAGAAGAAGAAAGAAAGAAAGAAAGAAAGAAAAGAAAGAAAAGGGGAAUCGAAAAGAUCGUGGAUCUGUGAUGGCGGGACGCUACGAAAGCAACCCUUUCGAUGAGGAGGAGGUCAAUCCCUUCGCGGACCAAGCAGUUCGAAGAACAGCUGAACAAUCAAAUUAUGGUGGUGGUCCAUUCUACACAAUAAACCCAACCAGUGUUCCUCCAGCUUCAAAUUCUAGACUUUCACCUCUUCCUCCAGAACCUGCUGAUUUCUACAAUGACCUAAGUGCAGCAGUUGAUAUUCCUCUUGAUUCAGCAAAGGAUUUAAAGAAAAAGGAGAGGGAGCUUCAAGCCAAAGAGGCAGAACUGAAUAAAAGAGAACAGGAACUGAAACGGAGAGAAGAUGCUGCAGCACGAGCUGGUAUUCUGAUAGAGGAGAAAAAUUGGCCACCAUUUUUCCCCAUCAUUCAUCAUGAUAUAGCGAAAGAAAUACCCAUUCACCUUCAGCGGUUGCAGUAUUUUGCAUUCGCGUCUUUGCUAGGCUUGACAUUAUGUUUGUCUUGGAAUAUCAUAGCAGUCACAGCAGCUUGGAUCAAGGGGAAAGGUGUCAAGAUAUGGUUCCUUGCAGUCAUCUACUUCAUUGCAGGAGUUCCUGGAGCCUAUGUUUUGUGGUACAGGCCACUUUAUCGUGCCAUGAGGAAUGAAAGUGCUUUGAAGUUUGGAUGGUUUUUCCUGUUUUAUCUGGUUCACAUUUGUUUCUGCAUCUAUGCUGCUGUGGCUCCUUCAAUAUUUUCUGUUGGGAAAUCUUUGACAGGGAUUUUACCAGCAAUAGAUCUUAUAGACGAGACAGUUGUGGUUGGAAUUUUCUACUUCAUUGGAUUUGGGUUCUUCUGCAUUGAAUCACUUCUUAGCAUUUGGGUCGUUCAGAGAGUAUUUAGGUACUUCCGAGGGACUGGGAAAGCUGCAGAGAUGAAGCGUGAGGCAGCACGAGGUGCAAUGAGGGCUGCAAUAUGAUACACUUGCUUUACAAUGUUGUUGGUUGAGUGGGGAUUUUUCUACAUACUGAUGGAGAUCGGAUAUAUAUUUGUGAAUUUAUAGGUGCCUUAGUGCAGCCUUUUAAAAAACACAUGGACAUUCUUGUAAUUUUUGUGGUGGUUCUGUCAGCUAUUUUUGUAAAUUUU